AACUGAAACUAAAAACCAUUAUUAAACUUUCAGAACCGGAUUUAAAGCUCUGCGACCGUCCUGUCAAAACUAACGCCGAGUCUUUACACUUACAAAAAAUAAUAAUAACAAACAUAACAUCAGUGACCGGACUGUAAUAGUUUAAUAGGAAUAUAUAUUGAGCAAAUUUGUGCGCAUGCGCACAUGCUUUGUUUACACACGGCUAUGAGGGAUCUCUGGACAAAAACUACAGAAGAUAUGUAGAAAUAAUCAACUCUGGAACUGUUAGAUUUCGCCAUUGCACCUUAAAUAAGUAAAGGGGAUCAAACUGGACUUUAACAGGACUUAAGCAGGAUUUAAAAUGGACUUUAACAGGAAUUAAACUGGAGGUUGACUGGAUUUUAACUGGACUUUAACAGGAAUUAGGCUGAAGUUAAACAGGAAUUUAAACUGGAGUUUAACCGGAUUUAAACUGGAGUUUAACAGGAUUUAAACUGGAGUUUAACAGGAUUUAAACUGGAGUUUAAUAUGAUUUAAGAUGGAGUUUAAUGAGGAAUAGAAUUUCAGGUUUUAAAGUCCAAAACGGAAAGAGAAAGCAAAAAAAGACCUCGGAAUUUCCCCUACAUUCCCCUUCUCCCUCUCCCGCUCCCUCUCUCUCCUCGCCUCUUCUUCCUUUCUCUUUCUGUUUGUGUCUCUCUUUCACCUUUUUUGUAGCUAUCUGUAUUUUAGGGGCUUUUAUAAAGACUCAUCGUUGAGCACCUCAAACCCACAGUGUGUUGGUGUUAUACUAAAGCUUGGUAUAAAGAUGUCCUGGUCUGAUGCUCUCAUAAGAGUGUGUGGGAUUUCUUGUGAAUCUAGCAGUCAGUGAGUGUAUAUGUGUGUCUAUGUGAUGGAGCAGGAGCUCUGUGUGCUGGUGAACAGAGUGGUAGAAUGUCUAAACACAGAAGAAUGUAAGAAGCUGAGGUACCUGUGUUCGGACCGUCUCACGGCAGAGUAUGUGGAGGACUGCAGAGGAGCCCUAAUCACACUGAUCACACAACCAGACGGACACUUGGGCCAAACCCCACCUGGCGACACCCUGCUGAAAGAAAUCCUGUUCAGAUUGAAACGCUUUGACAUCCUGAAAAAGAUCUUGGGAACCAGCAGGCAGGAUGUGGAGCAAAUGCUGAGGAAGAGUGGGCGUGUGCUUUCAGACUACAGGGUUCUGAUGGUGGAGCUUGAUGAGAAUUUGGAGGCAGAAGAUUUACGCUCCCUCAUCUUCCUCCUGAGCAGCACUGUGUCCAAAGGCCUGCUGGACAGAGUUACGAGCUUCCUGGAUGUUGUUUUGGAACUGGAGAAGAUGGAUAAAGUGUCGAGUGAGAAUGUGAAAGUGGUGGAGGAGUGUCUGAGGAAUAUCGGGAGGUUGGACUUGGCCAGACGGAUUCAGGCAUAUCAGAGAGGUCAGAACAACUCGGAGAGACACGUGUCCCAGAGUACAGCACACCACUGUGCACAGUUUGGUAUCAGUUCUCAAUCUCCAGAGAGAAGACUGCAGAGACAGACUACAGAUCUCCAGACUCUGAAGCUUUCAGUACCUGAGAGUAGAGCUCAACAAGCUCAACAUGCACAGGCUGCUGUGGAUGAGUAUUACAUCAAUCAUGAGUUCAGAGGCAUGUGUGUGAUCAUAGACUGCAUUGGCUGUGAUGGAGAGAUGCUGAAGGAAACGUUUGUGCAGCUCGGUUUCCGGGUGGACCUGCACACCCUGCUGGGAACGGGGGAAAUGUACUCAUUGCUGCAGUCAGUCAGUCAGCAGGGAGCACUGCAUCGGUUCUCCACAUUGUGCUGCUGCCUGAUCAGCCGUGGCUCAGACACACGAAUACUGGCCACCGAUGCGGAGGGCCCUGGGCUAGCGUUGGACGACCUUCAGCAGCUGUUCAGCCCUGUGCGCUGCCCCCUGCUGGCCGGAAAACCCAAACUGUUCUUCGCGCAGAGUUACACAGAGGGGCCGUCCACUUCUGAGCAGAUUGACCAGCAUCUUGAGACAGAUGGAGUGCCGUCCCACACUUCCAACAGAUCGAUAUGGUGCCCAGAGACACUUCCGGCUGCUGCAGACGUACUGUGCAGUUUGGGCAGGACGGAAGCGCAGCUACUGGAGAGACGGGGCCAUCGCUCAGUUUACCUGCAAGCACUAAGCUCUGCCCUUCUCAGGGCGCAGCAAAGGAGGAUUGCUCUCCUGGAUGCUCUGCUAAACGUUAACAGAGACGUGUUUGAGCACAACCGGAGGAACCCAGACAGAGUCUACCACCUCUCACUCCGUCACACCCUGCGCAGGAGUGUGUUCCUGUAACACUCCACUGUUACUGCAGAUAAGCUAAUUCACUGCCACAGUUUAUACAGUAUAUUUGUGCAUAUCUUUAUAUUAGGCAGCUAACUGAGCUAUAUAUUUUUUUUUGUUAUAAAUGAAGGAAAAUUACAAAACAUAAUUAUUAAUCAAUAUUUAUUUAUGUUUGUAUUAAUAAAUUAUACUAUUUUAGUAGUAUAAUUAUUAUUGUUUGACUAUUUAAUUUGUGAUAUUUUACUAAUAAUUACAUAUUUAUUCAUGUUAUUUACUCUGCUUUUGGUACAGUUCUGAAACUUCAGUCAUGGUAGCUAAUAGAAAAAAAUUAAAAUUAUGAAUGUAAUUGUUUAUUUAAACUCCGUCCACACAUAUCCACCUGCUCUCAUAGGUGCAGCUUUUUUCUUCGAGAUUCAGCUGCUCGUCCACAAUAUAAGACCACAAAUGCUCUCCAGAUCAGAGGUUUUAACAGCACCUUCCAGUGUCAAGGUGUUCAGGAAUGCUCUACAUAGUGGAGUAGAUAAGGAAUGCUCUUUGGAUUGGAGACGUUGGAGAAUCUGCUGCAUUUUGUGCAGACAGGGGAAACCGUGUUUUUAGAAACAGUGAUACUACACAUUUAACCUUCCUAUAGCUUUAAUGUGAAAUGGAAUGUUGUGUGGAAUAUUGUAAUGUGGAUUAGAAUGAAUAUUGAAGUGUGUCAGGGAAUUCUGUGUGUAAAAUUGUGGUGUGGAAAGGAAUGCUGUGUGAAGUAGCAGUGGGCAUUAUUUUAUCAUAUUGUGCUGCAUUUUGUUACCAUAAAACAUUAUAACAAAACACUGUUCUGUGCAUGUUGGGUAUAUUUAAUAUCAUUAGUAGAACACUAACCAUGUUUUAAAAAGAGUGCAGCAUAUGUUGAAAGUAGGUUAGAGUGAGUAUUUAAGCAGCUAUCAAGAAUCUGAUUCUCAAGCUGAUUCCAAUACAAAUAUUGUUUAAGUAUUGCAAUAAAUAAAUAAUACAUAUGUAUUUAAAUACUGUAAUAUUUCAUUUCUAACUUAUCGUUGAGUGAUAUUCUGUGUAGAAUAGAAUUCUGUGUGAAAUAUUGUGCUGUGGUUCGGAAAGCAAUGUGACAUACUGUGGUGUAGAACGGAAUGCUGUGUGGAAUUUUGAGCCAUGGAAUACUGUGUGGAAUAUUGUGGUGUGGAAUGGAAUGCUGCAUGGAAUAUUAUGGUGUGGAAUGGAAUGCUGCAUGGAAUAUUGUGGUGUGGAAUGGAAUGCUGCGUGGAAUGUUGUGGUGUGGAACGGAAUGCUGCAUGGAAUAUUGUGGUGUGAAAUGGAAUGCUGUGUGGAAUAUUGUGGUGUGGAAUGGAAUGCUGCAUGGAAUAUUGUGGUGUGAAAUGGAAUGCUGUGUGGAAUAUUGUGGUGUGGAAUGGAAUGCUGCAUGGAAUAUUAUGGUGUGGAAUGGAAUGCUGUAAGGAAUUUUGAUCCAUGGAAUGGAAUGUAAAAUAUUGUGGUGAGGAAUGAAAUGCUGUGUAGAAUAGAAUGCUGCAUGGAAAAUUGUGGUGUGAAAUGGAAUGCUGUGUGGAAUAUUGUGUAGGAUGAAAUGCUGUGUGGAGUAUUGUGGUGUGAAAUGGAAUGCUGUGUGGAAUAUUGUGGUGUGGAAUGCAGUUCUAUGUUAUAUAUUAUGGUGUGGAGUAGAAUGCUGUGGAAUAUUGUGGUGUAGAGUGGAAUGCUCUGUUGAAUGGAAUGCUGUGUGAAAUAUUGGGGUGUGGAUUAGAAUGAUGGAAUAUGGGGGAAUGGAAUGUUGUGUGGAAUUUUAUGCCAUGCAAUGGAAUUCUGCGCGAAAUCAAAUACUGUGGUGUAGGACGGAAUGCUGUGUGGAAUAUUAUGCCAUGGAAUGGAAUGUUGUUGAAUAUGGUGGUGUAUAAUGGAAUGCUGUUUGGAAUACUGUGUUGUGGAAUGGGAAGCUGUAUGGAAUAUUGUGUGGAAUUGAACACUGUGCUGAAUAUUGUGGUGAGGAAUGGAAUGUUGUUUGGAGUACUGCAUUGUGGAAUGGAAUGCUGUGUAGAACAUAGUGACAUAUGAAUAUUGUAGAAUAUUCAAAUAUAUACAUUUGUGAUGUAAUAUUGAAUGUAGAUUAGAAUGUUAUAUUAAUAACAUAUUUAUAUUAAUAAAUAUUACAGUGUGGAGUAGAA